ACACGAUGUAAAUACGCGAGCUCGUGGUUGCCUUUAAAAAAAGGCCAUUUCACCGAAUCUGUCAGUAAAUAACUCUUUUUCCCAGCCUUGGCGAUCGCAAAGAAUUCAUAUAGCUGCUAAAAACUCUCUACUCAAAUGCAUAGCAUUGCUAGAACCCUUUAAUUCUAGAAAAAUGUGUUUUAAUUUUGCGUACAAUAUACUUCCUCAAUCAGAUAUGGGGCGCCGUAUGUGACAAAAUUGUGACAGUUUCAAAGCACCGAUUUGUGGCUGUCAAAGCACUUGAUUUAGGAGCCCAUAGGAACUUGUCGUAAAAAUGGCUGCUGAAAUAAAGCACUUGAUUGGACAACUUGAAAUUCUUACCGAUGAAGAACGUGCCUGUCAUGUCACGCGAGAGAUAGUGCAGUUUAUAAAAUCACGCCCCGGAGACAAAGUAGACCUAACUGACAAAUCGAUCAAAAAUUGUGCAAAAUUGCUCCGUUUGACUGUCAAUAACAAACUGCGUUGCUUGAUAUUUUCUGUUCUUGGGGCCUGCUGUUCCGAUACUGACACCAUGAAACGUUACCUGCGGACAGAUAUUCAUCAACCUUUGAUGAGGACCUUACAGCAUCUUAUCAAGACUCCAUGGGGACAGCGUGGGUCAAACACAAAGUGUCAAGAGGAACUCCUGCUGGAUCAAGCAUUAACUCUGUUGCAUAAAUUAGUAUCAGUUAUGGAAGUUAGCAAAGACCCGGGGCCAAUGGAAGAAUUGAUCAAAGAUGGCGUAAUAAAUCGUUUAAUGGACCUCCUUGAUGAUAAUAAUUCUCCGCUGUUACAAUAUUCGGAGGCUGCAAGACUGCGUCUUGAGGAAUUAAUAUUGCGGAAGCAUCUUGUUGGUCAGAUAAUGGCGUGGGAUGAGAAAGACGUUGUGGAGUUCUGUGAGAAGUUUGUAAGAGGCAGCACGAAACUGUCCUUGUCGUGUUGCAAAAGUGGCAAGCAAAUGACUCACUUAUAUGACACGACAUGUGCUGAUGUUGACUUGGAUGUCCAAAAGGAGCAUAUAGAUUCUGGGGUAGUUUGGCACAUGACGCAUGCAGACAUUUUUGAGAAGGCUGAAGAGGAGGGUACAGGGGAUGCCCAGAAACUAUCUGAUGCUUCCAUAGAGCAAAAGGAGUGGAUAGAUGUGUACCCAGUAUAUGUGGAGGAUGGAGGACAUUUCUGGGCACAUAUUGGAGGACCGAACACCCUGACAAAAGUCGAUACUAUACAGACUAAAUUAGCCACUUUACCAGCAAGCUGUCGAGAAUAUCUUCGAAAAGAACCCCCAGUCGGUAGUUUUGUGUGUGCUGUUUAUACCGGUAAUGACUAUUGUGAUGGACCUCUCUACUUUCGCGGGAUUGUUCUAGAAGUGAAUGGGGAGAUUGCCAACGUCUUUGCUCUCGAUUAUGGAUUUCGUUACGAGGUGGCAUUCCGGGAGCUGUGUUAUCUCUCAGGAAAGAUGAAUCUUGGGGGAGUUCCACCACAGGCCACACUCUGUUCUCUCCAAGAAGUUCAACCUUGCCCUGUCAGCAGUCAGUGUUUGAAGAGCAUCCUUGCUAUACUCUGUUACAUUCUGGCCUUUCAACCUUCAGUGCAGCCCUUUGUCCCCAAGGGUGGUCUCCAGGUUUUGUACGGUUUAUGCUCUGCACCUGAUCUCUCCAUUAGCUGUAUGGCGAUCGCCGCCGUGUCGAAUAUUUCGAUACUCUUCCACAUGCGCAAAAAGAUUGCCACAACAACAUUUCUGCACCUAUUCAUCAAAAGAUGUGCCCACAUUGACCCAAGGUCCCCAGAUCGCAUGCAAAUACAGCUUCUGCUGACAACUUUAGGGGCAGUAAAGAACUUGCUGUUCUACUGCUUGGAGGCUCGACAUAAGUUCAUCAAGCAGGGAGGUGUUGAAGUGGUGAUGGCAAUCGCCAAGAAAGCCGACAGUAAGAAUAUCAAGAGCGGUGCUGCAGCUGUAAUGAAGGUGCUGGUUGGCAGCAGUGUUUAUGAAGAGAACCCUGUGGAGGAGGAAGAGACGGUCAUGUCGGCACCUGUAGCUCAGAAACCAGUGGAAAUCAAGCCAGAAAUGCCAUCAGAUGACGGAAGGGUAUCGAGAGAUUUCCAUCGGCGGUACAGCUCGGAUAGGAACAGGAGUCGAUCACGUCCCUCCCUUGGGCGUGAGGCAUCGCUUGGUAGAGACAGGCUGAGAGAAAAGCGUAACUGCUCCAGCGAUGAAGAGGAGAUUUUAAAUAGAUCUGAUGGAUGGGGUGCAGCAUCUGGAGAAGAGACAGAUGGUGAGAUGAUCAUCAGCUCCCAACCAGGCACACUUGCUGCUAAUGUGAAACUGCAAGUAGAUGUUAUCCCUGUCGAUGCAGCUCUGAUGGACAUUGGCAACAUCCUCUACUACAUUCAUGAAAGGAUGGUUAAGUUCAGUAAUGACGAAACCCAUGAGAUAAGACCAACCCUAUCGACUGAAAAAGCAUCAGCGGACGCCAUCCAGAGGAUUAUGUGCUCAUUUCUCAACAAUGGAAAAGGUGGCAGCAUCUUCUUUGGUGUUGGAAGGAACCGGGAGGUGUUUGGGAUGAGAUUGACACGAGUCCAGAAGGACGAGUUCCGCCUCGGCAUUGACAGACUAAUGGAGCGAUUCCUCCCAGUCGUCUCCCACAGAAUAUGCAGCGACAUCACUUAUUCGCCGGUGGUUGACACUAUUGGUCACGAAGAUGCUAUGACAAGGAAGCAGAUACCAAACUUAUAUGUCAUUGAGAUCAGGCUUGAGAAGCAGACAUCUACAGUGUAUACUCUCGCAAAUGGGAAGUGCUACUUCAGAUACGGACCGAACACAGUGCAAGUCUCUACACAGGAAAUUCGCCAACGGGCCAUUCUGCAGGAAGAGGCCCGCCAUCGAGAUGAGAUCACCAUGCUGAGGAGAGAACUUCAUUCGUUGAGAAAGAUGAGAGGAGAACACUCGGAACUCGAGAAAUGAGAGGCUGUGGUGCUUGCAAAAACACAAUUUGUUUUUCCAGUAUUGUCAAGACAUGCCAUGGAGUGCUGCAUGACCAUGGGCGAAUGGCCAGUAUGCAGCUUUAUCUUGUUCAGUUUCAGUUAUCAGGCUCACUCUGCCAAAAGUGCUACUAUUUCAUGUACAUGUUUGCUGUGUAGAAUCAUUGUGAACAAAAGAAUAUUGUAUGAACACUCCUGUGCUCAUUUUCAAAGGUAGCUUACUAAUAAAUGUUUGGUAUCUAAAUUUUU